CGCGCUUUUCUCUUCUUGAUUCCGCGCAGUGUUCCUCCUUCUCCAGUGAAUGCUCAGAUCUCUCUCUUCAUCAUCUACUUCAUUGAUUCCCAAAUCUCUCCAUUUCCUCCUACUCAGGACCUAUCCUUCACCUCCCUGUGCUCGUCUUUGCUCUCAGCGUCUCGUUAAUGGCUCCCAAUCCUUGCCAAUGUGGUACGCUCACUAUAUGCUCGAUGAAAUGCCUCAAAGAGCAACCUUUAUCUAUAAUCACCUUAAGUUCCUCAAAAAAUCCUCCGCAAACCAUGAUCUUCUUGUUUCGUUGCAUUGUCUAUCUCUUAAGGUUGGGUGCCUCUCUGAUGUUUCAGUUCGGACUUCGUUGAUUGGUUUGUAUGCCAGAGCUUGGGAUUUGGGUUCAUCUCUUGCUCUGUUUGAUGAGAUGGAUGAUCCGGAUUUGAUCUCUUGGAAUGCUGUUAUCAGUGCUUGCGUUGUUAAUGCUGAGUUCCAUUUGUCUACUGUUCUUUUCCGUGAAUUGGUUUGUGGGUUUGGAGUGUUUGAUUCGACUACUGUUGUGAUUGUGUUGUCAGCGGUGACCCGUAGUUGUGAACUGAAGCAUGGUUUGGUUCUCCAUGCGAUGGUUUUGAAGAAAAGGUUGGAUUUUGACGUUUUUCUUUGCAAUGCUCUUGUUGAUAUGUACGCCAAGUGUGGUGACUUGAGCUCUUCAGAGUGUGUGUUUGAGGGAAUGAAAGUUAAAGAUGUCACUUCUUGGAAUUCGAUAAUGCAUGGAUGCCUUUACAAUGAUUGUCCUGUGAAUUCAGCUCUCUGUUUCAGGGAAAUGAAUCGGUCCGGUGUCAAAGCUGAUCAAGUUGGCCUAUCUUGCGUUGUCUCAGCUUGCUCUGGUUUGAAAGAGCUAUUUGGUUUUGGCAUAUCAGUCCAUGGAUGUGUGAUCAAGUUAGGGUGCAACGAGGAUUCUUCAGUAGCAAAUUCUCUUAUUACGCUCUAUUCUCGGAAUGAAGAUGUGGAAGACGCAAGGCAAGUGUUUUGGAAACUUGUUCACAAGAAUGAAGUUUCAUGGAAUUCUAUAAUUCAUGGUUUGGUUGGGAAUGACCAUGUUCAUGAGGCCCUAGAUGUUUUCCGAGAAAUGCAGUCCAGAAUUGCAUGCCAACCUGAUGAUAUUACAUUAGUGACAAUUAUUCCCGUCUUUGGUCAACUGAGAUUACUUAUUCAUGGGAAAUCGAUGCAUGGAUUUGCAAUCAGGAAGGAACUUGAGUCAAAGAAUUUAUCCAUACUGAACAGCUUGCUUGACAUGUAUUUGAAGUGUGAUGAUCUAAUAUCUGCAAACAUUCUUUUCAAUGUCAUGCCUACUAGAGACUUGAUUACUUGGAACACGAUCAUCUCUGGGUACUCCCAAUUUGAUUCACUGAAGAAAGAAGCCCGAAGUUUUUUCCGCAAAUUACUCCAGACUGGUCUAAGAUGCAGUUUGGCGAGUAUUCUAGCCAUUCUCCCUUCUUGCACUUGUCCUGAAGAUCUUCAAUUCGGGAGAACACUGCACUCGUGGAAGUACAAAUAUGGAUUCACUAGCAUUGUGUCUGUUGUCAAUGCACUCAUGUGCAUGUACAUAAAUUGCGGAGAUCUGAUUGCGGCUUCUUUGCUGUUGGAUAGCAUUUUAAUUGUGUCAGAUGUUGUUUCUUGGAACACCAUGAUCGUUGGUUGUGCUCAGAAUGGUUUUUACAAGGAUGCAUUGGAAGCACUUGAGUUCAUGCAUUGCUCCCUGAGUUUGCGCCCAGAUCCUAUCACAUUUGUUAGCCUCCUUUCAGCUUGUGGGAAUCUCAAAUCAUUGUUUCAUGGCAAGCUUAUUCACGGGCUUGCAUCAAAGAGUUGUAUCGGAUCUGAUGUACGGGUAAUAAAUGCGCUGCUGACCAUGUAUAUGAGAUGUAAAGACACCGAAAGUGCAGUGGCAGUGUUCCAUUUUAGUCCCACCACAAACUUAUGCUCAUGGAAUUGUAUGAUUUCUGGGUUAACACAAAAUAAGGAAGGUCAAAAAGCAUUGGAAUGCUUUCGUUGGAUGGAAAAGUUUGAACCUAAUGAGAUGUCUCUGGUUGGUGCAGUUUGUGCUUGUACUCAAUCAGGAAAUCUCCGACAAGGCAUGGAAGUGCAUGCUUAUGUCUUAAGAUCACAACAUCAAAAUAACAUGUUCAUAUCAUCAGCUCUCAUUGAUAUGUACAGCAAAUGCGGAAGACUAGACAUUGCCUCUUGCGUGUUUCAGAACUCCUCAGAGAAAUCUGUUGCCUCCUGGAAUGCGAUGAUUUCUGCAUACGGAAUUCAUGGACAAGGUAGAAAGGCAAUAGAACUCUUCGCCAAGAUGUCGGAAUCAAGUAUCAAACAUACAAAGAGCACUUACAUUGCAAUUCUAUUAGCUUGUUGCCACUCUGGAUUGAUCGAUGAAGCAUGGAAACAUUACAACUGCAUGUUAGAGGAACAUGGAAUAAAACCGACUACUGAGCAUCAUGUUUGCAUUGUCGAUAUGCUUGGUCGAGCCGGAAUGAUUAGUGAAGCUUUCGAAUUCAUUAACAAACUUCCCGUCCGAGCUGAAUCAGGAAUCUGGGGAGCUCUUUUGAGUGCAUGCUUUGAUCAUGGCAAUGUCGAGAUCGGAAAAUCAAGUGCAGAGAAUUUGUUCUGCAUGGAAUCUGUAAACACCGGAUAUUAUGUCACACUUUCGAAUUUAUAUGCAUUCUCUGGAAUGUGGAGCAAUGCAGUGAGUGUUAGAGGAUUGAUUCAAGAUAAGAAGCUGAAGAAGCCUCCUGGUAUAAGUUCUAUUAAUGUCAGAAUGCAGUGAUUAGUGAUUAUUUUGCUGUAAUUUUCUAGUCACUGAGUAGUGUUGUAAACUUUGUGUUGUAUGAGAUAAGAGUUUUUCUUAGGGAGGGGUUUUUAGUAAAAAUGAAAGGGAAAAGUUGCA